ACUUUUGCCCAGCCAGUUAAGUUUAACUCUGACUUUGGGGUUUUUGAAGUAGUUAAUGAUGCCCCACAACGCCUGGAAAGCCAGCUGAAAGAAAUUCUACAUGAUCAGAAACCUCCAAAACCCAUUUAUGAUGUUCUAAGGAAAGCAAAGAAUGACAGGCAGCUCUCCAAAAUGUGCAGCACUUCUCCAACCUUCAAUAUUGAUCCAAAUUACAACACUAUGUGUCUUGAUCGAGAACAAGCAAUUCAGUGGAUUAAGAAAGAAAGGCUUCCAGCAUUUCUAGAAAGUGACUGUUACUUUGAAUACAGGCUAGCUAAAUUGAUAUCACAGGUAGAAUGGAGCAAGACUGGCAUUAAUUUCAUUAUAGAUAGUGACUACUAUCCCUGGAUAAGGAAGCAAGACCCAAGUUCUCCCCCUCCUGAGGAGGAUGACACUUCAUUGACCUUGAAGAAGUUCUAUGUAUCGCUUGGCCAGGCUACAGUUUCUCAGACAAAGGAUUGGUUUACGUUAGCAAAACGAAGUGAAUCCAUGAAAACUACAGAUUCAUUUAUGCAUCCUGUAGCUUCUAGCCAAAUUCAAGAUAUUCAGUGUUUGCCUGGGCAGCAUGAAAGAGAUGAUUCAUUAAGCGAAAAAGAUAGCCUUCUGGGUAAGACAGCAUCAGCAAAACCCGACAUUUUUAGGGAGAGAUCCAAAGAGGCUGAGGAGGGUUCUUCUGUGGCCAUUGCUGAACCUCCUUCCCACACUCAGUUAAGAGUUUAUCUAGACCCAAAAUGGGACAGUGCAGCAAAAGAAGAAAAUGGACAGGAAAGAGCACCAGAAGAAUUCAUACCAGCUUAUGCUCAGUUUGUAAUGAAGGAACCUAUUUCAGAACUGACCCGCCAGCCAGCUGCUGACAUUGAGGCCUUGAACUCCAAGGGAGAUGUCAGAGAACGAGAUACUGAAGAAAUAAACUUAAGAUCAAGUUCUGAGAGUGAUGGGGCAGACAGUAGGGCUUCCUGGUGUAUUAGUCACAGGACUUAUGACACUGGCAACAGACACGAGUUUGAAAGAUUCAAGAAGUUCAUUAAGGGAACACUGGGGGAGAGGUACUGGUUGCUCUGGAUGGAUAUUGAAAGACUAAAGGCUCUUAAGGACACUACAAGGCAGCAAAGGCAACUCAGUAAGAUGAAAAAACUCUAUCUGCUGAGCAGUGGAGACUAUUUCCUCAGUUCAGAAGUGUUACUCAGACUUGAUCUACUGCAUGGAGAUCAGUGGAAUAUAAGGCAUUUAAGACGGAUUCAGCCUGAAGUAGUGAAACCUCUACUUCUUUACUG